GGUAUGUGUUUACAUCGCAAUUUGGUUCAUGUUUUCAUUUAUCUCCCUUCAAUUAGAUUUUAUAUCCACAUAUCGUUUUACCAUUUGGAGUAAUGCUGAUUGUGUACAAUUUUCAUUAAUUCAACUCGAAGUCAAACCACUUGGUGCCUCUGAUCCAAUCAAAUGCGUUAUCCGAUCUUCAGCCCUAUCCAUAACUAACAAACGAUGACCGCCAUUCUGGGUGCCGGAAUCAGCGGCCUCUCCGCUGGAUAUUACCUCCUCAAACGAGGGCUCCCAGCCCCGACCGUGAUCUAUGAGGCCGGCAGCCGCAUCGGCGGUUGGAUCCGUACCGAUCGGUUCGACGGCGACGGUUUUGUGUUCGAGGCUGGCCCUCGCACCAUCCGUCCCAAAGGUCCGGCCGCUAGCAAUACUCUCGAUAUGAUCGAAGAUCUGGGCCUUGCCGACGAGGUGUAUCCGAUCUGCUCUAAUCAUGUGGCCGCCCGGAAUAGGAUGAUCUACGCCAAGGGAAAACUCAACAUGCUGCCAUCGGAUUUGAUGGGGGUGCUGAAAACGGUACCUCCUUUUACGAAACCUUUGUUCUUUGCGGGGUUUAAAGACAUGUUCACGGGACGAUCUAAAACUGUACUGGAGGAUGAAACGAUGUAUAGUUUUGUAGAACGGAGAUUUGGCAAGGAGAUAGCCGACUAUGCGGUUAGUGCGAUGCUUUGUGGAAUUUGUGCUGGAGAUGCGAAGCAAAUCAGUGUGAAGUUUUUGAUGAGCAGUUUGUUCGAGACAGAACAAAAACAUGGCGGAGUCGUGAAGGGCAUGUUGAAGGAGGCUUUGAAUAAAAAGGGGAAGAAGGAUGCAGCAAAGGAUUUACUAUCGACGUUAGCAAAGAGAGCCAAGUCAGAGAACUGGAGUAUUUAUUCGAUACAUGGAGGCUUGCAAACACUGCCGCAUAGGCUGGGGACGGUGCUACAGACCAACGGAGUUGGAAUUGAAACUGACGUGAAGUUCGAGGAGAUCUUGUUCGAUGACAGUAAUGUUCGAUUGAGAGUGGACGGUAAAGAGCGUAUCGUCAAUAACCUCAUAAGUAGUAUACCGAGCUAUAAACUUGCUAAGCGAGUUUCCGGGCAGCACCCUAAGCUCGCUAAAGAACUGUCAGCAAUUCCGUACGUUGAUGUAGCUGUGAUAAAUCUACGUUACAAAAGUCCUGAUCUUCAGAAGCACAAAGGAUUUGGGUUUCUCGUUCCACCGAUUGAGAACCUACCUAUUUUGGGGGUGAUCUUCGAUAGCUGCUGCUUCGACAUGGAGGACAACACGGUUCUCACGGUUAUGAUGGGAGGGGCGUGGUUCGAAAAAUGGUUCGGGACCAAUCCCACGGACGAGCUACUUCUGGAUGUAGCACUGAAGCAUGUGAACAAAAUCCUUGAUAUUAGUCAGCCUCCGGAUGCGUAUAAAGUGAAUAAUUUGAGGAAUUGCAUUCCACAGUAUGUUGUUGGUCAUCAUAAACGAGUAGAAAGGAUUAGAGCUUAUAUUAGGGAGCAUAAAUUACCACUAAGGUUGUGUGGGGCCGCGUACGAUGGUGUUGGAGUAAACGAUGUUAUUCUUUCUGCUAAAAAAUGCGUUGAAUCGUAAAUCAUCAUAAAAUAAAUGAAAAACAGCAA